AUGAGCGCCGGUACGACCCCCCCCGCACUGGCGACGCUCUCACCGCCGGUGGAACGCCGUCUAUCCGGAAAGCGCCGCCGUCUCAACGGUGGCAUCACCGUCGAUGAAGCUCACGUCACCCACCCACAGGCGAUGCUCCUACCCACACCGGCAGAACCUCCCCAUUUGGCCGUGACGCGGACACCCGACGUGGCCCAGCCCCCGACUCCUUCUCUUCGCUCGACAACGCGAUGGGGCCCACGUCUCCCUGUUGCCGACACGACGAUUCCCAGGACCAGUGCACAAGCCGCCCUCCCGGCAGCGCACCGACCUCUGGCCUCCGUUGCAGCGAAUGUUGCUGCAUCACGGUGGGGGCCACGUCACGGCGCGAUCGGAUCGGCGGCUAUCGCUCACUUGGUUACGGGCCUCCCGACUGCUCCGGCACCAACGCAUCGCCCAGCCCCCGUCGAUACACACCAACUACCACCGGCGCCGGCAGUAGUGGACACUACCCCGGAGACCUCUGCAGACGACGAACCUUGGCUACUGCGCUUCGAUGGCGCAUGCCGUCACAACCCAGGCCCAGGUGGAGCGGGAGCAGCACUGUUCGCACCGAAUGGCAAGAUCGUCUGGACGGUAGCGCACUACAUGACUGGAAGGGAAACAAAUAACACUGCGGAAUACACUGCGAUGCUACUAGGUGCCCAGAGCGCGGUCCACCACGGAGCGAGAUGCCUGCGUAUCGAGGGCGACGGCCACCUGGCACUGUCGCAAGUUCGAGGUUCCUUCGCCUGUAAUAACAAGCGUCUCCGCGCACUCCGGAAUCGAGUACAGAGCGUCCUCCGAGAGCUCGACUGGCAUCGUCUGAUGCACAUCGACCGGAAGGCAAACCAGCACGCUGACCGUCUCGCCAACCGAGCUCUCAACCUCAGGCGCACGGUAACGGAAUGCGGACCACACGACGGCUCGCUUGAGCAGUGCUUCCGCCCGUCGACGCUACCCUCCCCAGACCUGACCGGACCGUCACCGAGCGACGCAACUGUACCCCCUGUGAAUCCUGCUGCCAUGCCGGAUGGAUACGCAGAGACCGAGAUGGAGGACGAAGCCGAGGUAGCAGCGCGAGACGGCGGGGAGAUUUUCCCUACGAUACCUAUUGGACCACACUCUGCCCCUGCCAAGCAACCUCGCCUUCGUCUCCGCCAACUUACGGAGGCUGAGUUCGACCUAGCCGCCUCUGCUGUGACCCGCGUCUCCACAGAGUUGGCGUCGAAGAUCGCGGACGUGGAUGACUGGGCUACCGGCGAGGGCUACAUAGCAGCAAUACCGACCAAGCUGCGAGAGGCGCUCCUACCGUUUGUGACCACAGCACGGGAACCAGACAGAACGCUGCCGGCGUCCGGCACGAACCUCGCAGGGACAGCUCGAACACCGGCUUGA